GCCAGUGGGAGAGAGUCUCCGUCGGCAAACGUGGUGCUGCUUCCUGGGUGUGAAGGUGCUUUCAAACCUUAGGUUUCUGUUCCUUUGCCCCUGGCUUUUGAAGAACAGAGAGGAGGAUGGAGACCGAGUCCGGGGCGCAAACAUCGAAUCAGAUGCAAACAGAUUCAUUAUCUCCAUCCCCUAAUCCUGUGUCACCUGUGCCUUUGAAUAACCCAACAAGUGCCCCAAGAUAUGGAACAGUGGUCCCUAAUCGCAUCUUUGUAGGAGGAAUCGACCUUAAGACAAAUGAAAAUGAUUUAAGAAAAUUUUUUUCCCAGUAUGGGUCUGUAAAAGAAGUGAAGAUUGUAAAUGACAGAGCUGGAGUGCCCAAAGGGUAUGGCUUUGUCACUUUUGAAACACAAGAAGAUGCACAAAAAAUUUUACAAGAGGCUGAAAAACUUAAUUACAAGGACAAGAAACUGAACAUUGGUCCAGCAAUAAGAAAACAACAAGUAGGGAUCCCUCGUCCCAGUGUAAUGCCAGCUGCUGGAACAAUGUAUCUAACAACUUCAACUGGAUAUCCUUACACUUAUCAUAAUGGUGUUGCUUAUUUUCAUACUCCAGAGGUAGCUUCUGUCCCACCACCUUGGCCUUCACGUUCUAUAUCUAGUUCCACUGUGAUGGUAGCUCAGCCCGUUUAUCAGCAACCUGCAAAUCACUACCAGGCCCCUGCACAGUGUCUACCAGGUCAGUGGCAGUGGGGUGUUCCUCAGUCUCCUGCCUCUUCUGCUCCAUUCUUACACCUGCAACCUUCUGAGGUUAUUUAUCAACCAGUGGAAAUUGCACAGGAUGGUGGAUAUGUUCCUCCUCCGCUGUCUCUGAUUGAAGCUUCAGUUCCAGAGCCUUAUUCUGAUCAUGGAGUUCAAGCAACAUAUCACCAGGUUUAUGCUCCAAGUGCCAUUGCUAUGCCUGCACCUGUGAUGCAGCCUGAACCAAUUAAAACAGUGUGGAGCAUUCAUUAUUAAGACAACUGGGCAGCUCUAGUCUAGCUCAACUGAUUUCUUGUCCUAUGAUCCUUGUGUGGCCGAGACCCAGCUUCAACGAACCGGCUAGAUGCUGCCCGUUGUGAAACUUAGGGUUAGUUAAUACC